CGUGGUUUUAACGAUUACAAUAACAUUUCAUUGAUUAGUUUGAGUUCGCGUCCAAGCUGCAAUGGACACACCAAUGACAAGAUUAGCCAAAGAUGUGUGGUUGGUUCCCAAGCAAUUGACUCAAACCGCCAAACGAACCGUCUUUGGCCCGCUGUUCUGGGCAGUGAUCUAAUUCUGUUUCGAUGUCCGGGAGUUGCGAUAAACGCGAGGGGAAUUUUUAGCAGUCGUUUAAGGAGGACACAACCCGAAGCUUCUCGCAUACCUUUGUCGACAACUACAUGAACUGUACCUUCAGGAAACUGAUGCAAUCAAGCUUCAACGUGGAUCAACCGGGGUAACAGCCAAGACGAAUAAAAUAUGCCCACGGCGGUACAAGAAUGCACCAACAUUUGAGGGGAUUCAGUUUACACCAACAUUCUUAAUGAAAUGGACCAAAAGAGGGUUGAUCAUCUUCGCUUCGUUGCGUUGUGCGAAUAGGUUCUCUCUCUUAAAGCGGAUCUACAGUGAAAAUCUCGAGGCCCUUUCAAAGCCGCAUUAGGUUUAAAAGACUGAAGAAUCUUUUCGAUCACCCGUGCCGCCAUGUUUUGUGUUGAGUCGACUUUCAAGCUAAUUGUCUUGAUACAAUCAGAUUAGAAGAUAUGAUCCUUACCAAUUAAUACCAUUUCAGAAACGUUUGAGAAAUGAAAUUUGAACGUGUGUGGAUCAAUAACCUAGGAACCGACUAGACUGUUUGGAAUUACAGUGGAUGUAAAACAAAGUUACCAUGGGAUCCAGUCCGUCCAAAAACAAGAACAACAAAAAAGUCGCCAAUGUGAUGACUGCAACAUUCGCAUUCGAUGAUGCGGUCAACAGAGCAGCAGAACGGCGAAGACGCGAGGAGGGGGAAUUCGAAAAGACGGGCGACAGACUUGCAAGUGGAAAAGAGGAACCCUUGCAGACCAAUGGGGUCGUCAAAACGGCAGAGCAGGAGAUGGAAGAGGGCGCUAUUAGCAGUGAGGAGGAUGAACUGAUGCUGAGCCAUGCCUCCGUCAAGAUUCAAAGUGUGUUCCGUGGAUACAAGGAGAGGAAACUCAGGAAGCAGGAGACGGAGAUGGCUAUCAAGAUACAGAGGAUUUAUCGCCGUCAUUCGUCCAUCAAAAAGGCUCUGUCAGAGGAAGAGACAGACGCAACACCCGUGGAGCCCGAAGCAGCGCCCGUCGUACAAGAACCAUUACCAGCUUGUCCCGAAGAGCAACCAAAAACGUCCGAGGAGAAAGUAGACCCGAUACUCAGCCGAGACCAGUUGAGUUCACAGUCAAAGGCUGUGACCAAAAAACACUUGGUUGGAGUUGGAGAAAAGACGAAAGAGGAAUUUUUGGCGUUCCAGGAUGAGAUCACGGAGUUGAAAUGGUAUGCAGAGCAGCAGCUGGAGAGGGCGCUAUGUGGCCAUGAGUUCGUCGGACCACGGAUAGUCCUGGUUUCGUCCAAGAUACCAAAAGGACAACUUCUUGCUAAGAUUGUCAGAAAAGAUGUGCUGAUAUUUGUCUACGAUUUCAACAAUGAUUCCUUCGACGUGUUACUAGAAAACAUCCGGGUGAAUCUCGAGGCUUUCAAGCAAGGCUGCAAGGCGCGAUCCAUCUGCCUUUACUGUCAGGGCGGACCUGGUUAUAUGUACAUACGGAGAGCAAAGGUGGUGACGGUGGCUAAACUUAAAAAAGACUGUGAACAAGACCAAGUCAGGUUCUUCAAAGAGUUGGGCAAGUAUUUGACCAAGAAAGAACCACAGAGGUCGGUCAUUCAUGUCAUGGGAUGUAACAUCCUUGGGAACGAGAAAGGCCAGGAGCUUUUUGAUUACCUACGGGAUUUGAUAAAGCCCAACCAGGCACGUUUUGAAGCCCCACUUGAGCUCUCAGAAGCUGGCGCAGAUAUGAUUGACAUGUAUUUUGACUUCAAUAAAUACACCGUGUGGAGAGCUCACAAACAUUCAAAGCUGGACCCUGAAUUAUGAGACAUGACAUCGGAUCAGAUGUUUCAGAACUCGUCCCUCAUCUUCGAGCAUUUAUACUGGAGGAAAAAUGAUAUUCACGAUUUAAAGAGCUCACAGUUGUAAGCUAAUGGAUGGUAGGAUGUCCAAGUUAAAAGGAUACCACCACAAAGGGUAUAUAUGAAACCAGAAUGGGGGAAGAGCAUGGUUUUAUAUUGUGAAUGAAAUUGGCUUCCUUGGUGACUUCAGAUUAGGUUGGACGGAGUAAAAACCCUGCUUACCCGAGCUAUACUGCAUACCUGUACACAUCAUUUUUCUGUGAUGGAAUACAGAACCGAGCCAACACUUUCUGCGGGGUGUACAGGCUGAUUCAUACGUGGCGUGAAAGCAACUUCAAAAUUGACACAUCGGAUCAAAUGUUCAUACAGGAAAUUUGAAAAAAAGUUGAAUGCAUUUCAACUUGACUGAACCCAGCUGCAGUUGCUUUGUGACGUCAAAUUUGCUUCGCUUUCAUGUCCACUUGAAACAUCAGCCUUUACACUAUUGGUGACAAAUUUGUGGAAAAGUGUAAAGUUCUGCGCAAUUUGGAAAUCUGAAAUACAACCCUAGCGCACUUUGGGCUAACAUACACAGCCACGCAACACAGUGCAUGUUCUUUGCGGUAGAAUAAAACGGAUGCAAAGAGCACUAAAAUGCUCCAAUGUUUAAGGGUACACUGUGUAUACCUGUACUUUGUUCAAAAUUGUAUUAAAAUUCUAUUUAUGCGUGUUGUGGUUGUAAUUUUACAGUUGAAAUAAAAUUGAGUGAAA